UAUGGACAAGCCACCUAUUAAUUCUCGAUAAUUUUCAAGAUAAAAAAGCUAACCUCUCAUAAAACCAAUUACACCUUAAGUUUAUAGAAAUAUUAAUAUAUUUUUAGAAUAACUUUCGAAUCAGUAGUCAUAAUCAAUUUUAAAACAAACCUAAGUUAUAAAGAACAUCCAAUAAUUUUUUUAAUAAUAGUCAGGAGUGCUUAAAGAAUGAAAAUUAGAAUGUUAGUAAAAAGAAAUUGGGAUAGGAUUAUAAAUAGUUUUAUUUUGAGAAGGAAGAUCAAGAAGAAGAAGUUUCAUUCAAAUAAUUAUGCUUAGAAAUGAGUAAAUUUUUAUGAGCUUCAAUAUAUUUUAAUGAACCUAUAUUUGGAGAAUCUCGUUGUUAUAAAUAUUAUAUCAUAAUUUUAUUGUAGUUAUGAAUAAAUCACCAAGUAGCAGUCCAAAACAUUCAUAAUCUAACAAUCCAAGGUCUAAUAAAUAUAGAAACCUUAUAAAGAAUUCUAAUUUCCAAUAGACUCAAAUAUAAAAAGAAGUAGAUGACUUGUUAAUCGCUUCACCCAUAUCAUCUUUUUCUGCUCCAAGAGGUAAGAAAUUCAAGGCCUCAUUUCGUAAAUUUUUGGCUGGAAAUAUAGAUACUAAAUAAUUGAUUGAUCAUAGGAAUUUUCCAACAACAAUAGAAAAUAUGAAUGAUAAAUAUGAGUAUGUUAAAUCUCAUAAGGAAUCUGUUUGUUCUUUCAAAGAUUCUGUAAUCAAUAAAGAACAUUUAUAAAUGAACUUAUUGGAAGAUAAAUUAACAAAAUUGAAGAAUGCCAACAACAAAACCUAAGUUGAAAAUAAGAGAGAAAGACUUUAUGAAUUAUCAUUAUAAGUAAAGAAAGACAAACGAAAGUUAUCAAAAUAAGAGAAUGCUUUAUUAAAAUGGAAGAAAAUAAAAGAUGUUAGUAAAUAUAUAUUAGAUAGGUAAUACAAAAUAAUAUACAAUUAAGAAGAAUGAUAAUAGAUGAAAAAAAAAAGUAAACCAAAUUUUUGGAUAAUUUAGAAAUUGCUUUUCAUAAAUCCUCUGAGUUUUAUAUUCAGAAUUUAAGAUUUCAUUAAUUACGUACAAUGACAGUACUUAAAGAAAAAAAGCUUAGUCAUUCCAAUCACUAAAAUUUAAGUCCAAGACAUUAUCAUUUUCUGUUAAGUUUAUAAUUUAAAGAAAACUCUGACAAUUUUUUAUUUAAUCGCUUCCCAACAAUUUCUGAACAUUUAUAAAAUCUAAUGAAAAAUAAUGAUUAAAUAUAUGAUAGAAUAUUAAAUCUCUAUCUAAAUAAAAAAGAAAUCUAUAUGCAAUGGGUUUAAGAAUAAAAACUAAGAAAAACAAUCAAUUGGAAAUAAAGUAAAUUAUAAAAUUCUAAUGAUAUAAAUUCAAAUACAUCAAAUUCAUUAGGUUAAAAUAAAAGAAAAAUUAUGUAAAGAGUAUAAAAUCCAUUUUAACAAACAUAAAGAGUUAAAGAUUACUAAAGCAAAUUAAUAGAAUAAGUUAAUGAUAUUGAAUAAAUAGAUUAAGAUUCUAAAAGUUAAUUAAAAUAAUUAUUAUAAAAGAGUAACAAAAAGAAAAAUAAUGAAGGUGUUAUCAAACAUAAUAGAUUUCUAUCUUAUCCUACUAAUUAUAAUAGUGAUUAAAUUGAUGAUUUCUAAGAUAAUAUAUCAAAUGCAUCUAUCACUGAAGCUUUAUUAGAUUAAUUAUAUUCUGGAGCUAAUUCAUUAUAAUAGAAAAUUAAUAAUAAUAAAGGAUUGACAUUCUAAAGAAAAGUUCGAGAUUAUUUGAGAUUGGAAGAAAUUAAAUUAUAAACUAUUCAAGCUAAUAAUUUAAAACUAAUUCCUAAAUAACAUGAUUAAAUUAAAUGA